AUGAAGCUCGCCAUUGCUCUGCUUUUCCUUUUGUCAGCCGUGUGCAUAAAUGCACAUUUAGCAUAUGUCUUGCAUGGUGGCAAUCAUGGUGGCGGAGAUGAUGUUGCAUAUGGUCAUGAUGGUAGCGGAUAUGGUGUGCAUAUAGGCAAUCAUGGUGGCAAUCAUGGUGAAGGAGAUUACCUUGCAUAUGGUAGUGGAUAUGGCAAUCAUGGUGGCAAUCAUGAGGUUGAUCAUGGUGGCAAUCAUGGUGUUGAUCAUGGUGGCAAUCAUGAUAGUGGAUAUGGCUAUCAUGGUGUAGAUCAUGGUGGCAAUCAUCGUGUUGAUAAUGGCGGCAAUCAUCGUGUUGAUCAUGGUGGCAAUCAUGGUGUUGAUCAUGGUGGCAAUCAUCGUGUUGAUAAUGGCGGCAAUCAUCGUGUUGAUCAUGGUGGCAAUCAUGGUGUUGAUCAUGGUGGCAAUCAUCGUGUUGAUCAUGGUGGCAAUCAAGAUGUUGAUCAUGAUGGCAAUCAUGGUAGUGGAUAUGGCAAUCAUGGUGUAGAUCAUGGUAGCAAUUAUCGUGUUGAUAAUGGCGGCAAUCAUCGUGUUGAUCAUGAAGGUAAUCAUCGUGUUGAUCAUGGUGGCAAUCAUCGUGUUGAUCAUGGUGGCAAUCAUCGUGUUGAUCAUGGUUGUAAACAUGGUAGCCGAGAUAAUGUUGCGCAUGGUGGAGGAUAUGCUGCGCUUGGUAGAGGAUAUGAUCCAUAUGGUGCAGGAUAG